CCGGAAGGCGCUUUGACCGCUCCAGCCGGCACGCCGGCGCAGUGGACCUCACCGAAACCCUUUCUCUCGCUCCCGCGGAACCUUUCUGGCGCGGUAUGGCGCGCUACUUAGAGCGUCACUUCCGGCGAGAGGCAGGAGGCGGGAGAGUGAGGGAAAACUGGAAGACGAGCCUGCAGGAUGUUUCCUCAGUGAGAAGAAGGCUAUUGCACAAUGGCAGUAUUUGAUACUCCGCAGGAGGCCUUCGGCGUCCUACGUCCAGUCUGUGUUCAGCUCACGAAGACACAGACGGUGGAGAAUGUGGAACAUUUGCACACACAGUUACAAGCUGUGAGUGAUGCUGCACUUCAGGAACUUCAGCAGUACAUCCUCUUCCCCUUACGAUUUACCUUGAAGACCCCAGGUCCCAAACGAGAGCGCUUGGUCCAAAGUGUGGUGGAAUGCCUCACGUUUGUCCUGUCUUCAACAUGUGUGAAAGAGCAAGAGCUUCUUCAGGAACUCUUUUCCGAACUCUCUGCGUGUUUAUACUCACCCAACUCCCAGAAACCUGCUGCUGCGUCAGAGGAAUUGAAAUUGGCAGUGAUCCAGGGACUUAACACCUUAAUGCACUCAGCUUAUGGCGACAUCAUUCUGGCCUUUUAUGAGCCCUCCAUUCUGCCUCGUUUAGGAUUUGCUGUAUCUUUACUGUUAAGCUUGGCAGAACAGGAGAAAUCAAAGCAAAUUAAAAUUGCUGCCUUAAAAUGUUUACAGGUUCUGCUCUUUCAGUGCGAUUGUCAAGACCAUCCUAGGUCUUUAGAUGAGCUUGAGCAACAGCAGCUGGGGGAUUUGUUUGCUUCUUUUUUACCUGGAAUCUCAACUGCACUGACCAAGGUUAUCAGAGGAGACUUUAAACAAGGUCACAGCAUUGUAGUAUAUUCCCUAAGGAUCUUUUACAAGACAGUGGGCUUUGUUUUGGCUGAUGAACAGCUCGGAAGAAUCUCAAAGGUCCAACCAAAGCCUGCAGUUGAGCAAAGAAUUGCAGAGCUGAUGGUUCACAGAGAAGGAGAAUGGGUAAAAAAUACUGGUGACAAGUUGGCGAUCCUUAUUAAGAAGAUAAUUGAAUGUGUUUUGGUUCACCCACACUGGAAGGUCAGGCUCGAGCUGGUGGGCCUUGUGGAGGACCUUCUUUUGAAAUGCAAUCAAUCUCUGGUUGCUUCUGCUGGUCCCCUCCUGAAGGCUUUAGUGGGCCUCAUAAAUGAUGAGAGUCCUGAAGUCCAAGCCCAGUGCAAUAAUGUUCUGAGACACUUUGCAGAUCAAAAAGUAGUGGUAGGCAACAGAGCUUUUACUGACAUCUUGUCAGAAAGCCUGCAUUCCCUUGCUACAUCCCUUCCUCGUCUCAUGAACUCCCAGGAUGAUCAGGGUAAAUUCUCUACUCUCUCCUUGUUACUUGGUUAUCUGAAACUCUUGGGCCCCAAAAUAAACUUUGUCCUCAACUCUGUGGCCCAUCUCCAGCGACUUUCCAAAGCACUCAUCCAAGUCCUCGAACUAGAUGUUACUGACAUAAAAAUUGUUGAAGAGCGGAGUUGGAAUUCUGAUGACCUGAGUGCUUCUCCAGGGGCCUCCACUGCAAGGCACGGAUACCAGAUCCAGAGAAGAUAUUUCCGCUUCUUCACUGAUGAGAGAGUUUUUCUGCUCUUGCAACAAGUUUGUCAGCUUCUUGGGUAUUAUGGGAACCUUUAUUUGCUUGUGGAUCACUUUGUGGAACUAUACCAUGAGUCUGUGGCUUACCGGAAGCAAGCUGCCAUGAUCCUUAAUGAACUGGUUACAGGGGCUGCUGGGCUGGAAGUAGAGAAUAUUCAUGAAAAGCAUAUUAAAGCAAGCCCAGAGGAACUGAGAGAAAUUGUAACAUCUUUACUUGAAGUAUACACUAGCCAAGAAAACUGGUAUUUGGUUACCUGUGUUGAAACUGAAGAGGGAGAGGAGCUAAUGAUGAAACAGCCAGGCAUCCAAGCCAUCCCAUCUGAUGUACACACCUACCAAAUUUUAUCUUUUCCAGCCUUCUCAAAACCAAGUCCCACUAUUUGCUCCAUGAACAGCAACAUCUGGCAAAUAUGCAUUCAGUUGGAAGGGAUUAGCCGCUUUGCAUACGCACUAGGAAAAGACUUUCGUUUGCUCUUGAUGUCUGCCCUCUAUCCAGUACUAGAGAAAGCUGGAGAUCAAACCCUGCUCAUUAGUCAGGUGGCUACCAGCACCAUGGUAGAUAUUUGUGUUGCUUGUGACUAUGAUUCCUUGCAAGACCUGAUCAAUCAAAAUUCAGACUAUUUGGUGAAUGGUAUCUCCUUAAAUCUCCGCCAUCUAUCCCUGCACCCUCAUACCUCAAAGGUUUUGGAAGUCAUGCUGCGAAACUCAGAUGCUACCCUGCUUCCUUUGGUGGCAGAUGUGGUUCAAGAUGUCUUGGCCACCCUGGACCAGUUUUACAAUAAGAGAGCUGCUUCCUUUGUCAGCGUUCUGCACGCCCUGCUGGUAGCAUUAGCCCAGUGGUUCCCAGAAACAAGUUACAUUGAGCAACCCCAAGAUCAAAGUUUAAAGGAGGGAAGUUGUUUGCACCAAACUCUUGGGAGUAACAGUACAGCUGAAGACAUUGAACGGUUUGUGCUGGACUACCUUAGAGAGAAGGAUGUGGCAGAGGGAAAUGUCAUGGAUUUUGACAGUGAUGAAGAACUAUCAGUCCCUCCAAAAUUGGAUGAGAAUGACACACUUCCAGAUACAGAGCCACCACUGCCAGUGCAGAUCCAGAUAGCCAAAGACGUGAUGGAACGCUGCAUCCACUUGUUGUCAGAUAAAAACCUAAAGAUCCGCCUGAAGGUUUUAGAUGUGCUGGGUUUAUGUGUAGUUGUUCUGCAGUCACAUAAGAACCAGCUGCUUCCAUUGGUUCAUCGGACCUGGCCCUCACUUGUGCACCGACUCACAAAUGAUGACCCCCUGGCAGUCCUCAGAGCCUUCAAGGUUUUGUGCACACUGGGAGGCAGCUGUGGUGAUUUUCUUCGGAACCGGUUCUGCAAAGAUGUGCUGCCGAAGCUAGCUGGCUCCUUAGUUACCCAGGCUCCCAUCAGUGCCAGGGCCGGACCAGUUUACUCGCACACACUGGCCUUCAAGUUGCAGCUGGCUGUUUUGCAGGGCCUAGGCCCCCUCUGUGAAAGACUAGACUUAGGUGAGGGUGACCUGAAUAAAGUGGCUGAUGCCUGCUUGAUUUACCUCAGCACCAAACAGCCCGUGAAAUUACAAGAGGCUGCCAGGAGAUGGCUCAGUAAACAACCUCUAGGACACGACCACACCGACUCCCCGCUUUUCUCCCUCCUUCGCCCCCUCCCUCCCUCUCCACUUCUCCUACUCACUCCCCAUCCUUCUCCACAGCGUCUUCCAACACUUGAUGAAGGUAAAUCCGGACUCUACCUGGUUCCUGUUGAAUGAGCUUUAUUGCCCCCUGCAGCUCACACCCCCUCACCCCAGCCUCCACCGGGUGCACCUGCGGGGGCCCUCUGGGCAGCAGAACCCCUACAUGGCCAACGUGCUCUACCUGCUCCAAGAGCUGCAGUGCCCACCCCUGCCUGAUGGGCAGGCCCUGCCUCCUGCAAAGAGCACCCUCCACUGCCAGCCAGAAGUUGGACCAACUGUACCCCGGCAGCAGAGAUGAAUGUGAAGGUGAAUUAGACAGCCAAUCGAUUGAUCGAUCACACAACUGCUUGGAAAUUGGAUUGAAGGAAAGUAGCUGACUGUUAUUUAUAUUUCAUUCCUCCAGUUUUCAGAUGACAUUGUCUCAGGGCUCUAAGGGUUUAACUCCUUAGCAUACCAUCUCAUUGGCCCUACCUGCCUCAUAGCAUACACACACACACACCCCUGCUUGAUUAGGGAUCAGUGGAGCCAACCUGAGCGCUGGGUGUGUCCAGACCGUGUUUAAGUGUCACACAUCUAAGAACCUUAAGAAUGUAGCCCUGCCAUCACAAGUACAUAAGGUGGGUCCCUCUCCAUCCAGACAUCGAUCCCUUCUAAUAGUAAAAUGGAGCUAAUUUGUUGUACUUGACCUGUUCUUUGGAAGAAAAUGAAGUAAAGAUACUUCUUGAAUAAAAAGUGUGUUCAAGAACUCA